ACUACAGGAAGUGGUUCCCGCGAGGGAAAGAAUCGAGAGUGUGUGAUCUCUCCCUACCAACAAUCUCGGGUAGACUGUGUUCCGUAAACCAGAAAUAGCCACCAGAUUACAGUAUGAUUUUAAGAACGUAAACACAUCACUGCAUCAGCUAUGAGCAGCAUCUCAUUCACAGGGUUCGCGGUUUCCGCUAGCUGCUAGCGCAGGUGUAAACAAAUGCAGAAACGCGAGGUCGGCAACGCUGCGAUUCAUCCCCAGCGACCCCUGGAAAAACACAAGACCCUCUGACCCCGAAAAAAAGAGCCCAGCAAACGCGUUUACAAUGAGCAAAAACAACAGAGAGCCGGCUGAAUGAGACGAGCUAGCACGACCGGCCUCAUCCUGCUACAAACAAACACGGUUAGCGCGCACUGCCGAGUGACCACGACGGGUUCAGACGAGUUAAAGGUCGGUUAUCAUGACUCUGCUGCCGAGGAUUGGGAAAUGGGUGGAGAGGAGCGCUUCCUCGAUGGGCUUUCGCUGUCUGUGCAGCGCGAGCAUGAGCACUAGCAAGGGCAGGCUGCGAGUGCUGGUGGACAUGGACGGAGUGAUCGCGGACUUCGAGGGAGGAUUCUUAAAGAAGUACAAGGAGAAGUUCCCCAACGAGCCUUUCAUUUCUUUAGAGGACAGGAGAGGGUUUUGGGUGUCCACGCAGUAUGGGGACGUGAGGAGUGACCUGUGUGAAAAGGCCAUCAGCAUUUGGGAGUCCAAAAACUUCUUCAUGGAGCUGGAGCCCCUUCCCGGAGGAGUGGAGGCCGUCAAGGAGAUGUCCAAGAUGGAGAAUACGGACGUCUUCAUCUGCACCAGUCCUAUAAAACAUUACAGCUACUGUCCGUAUGAAAAGUAUGCCUGGGUAGAGAAGCACCUGGGCUCUGAGUUCCUGGAGCAGAUCAUCUUGACCAGAGACAAGACCAUAGUGACCGGAGACAUCCUCAUCGAUGACAAGCCUGAUAUCCUGGGUGUGGAGCCCAGCCCGUCCUGGGAGCACGUCCUGUUCACCGCCUGCCACAACAAGCACCUUCCUCCCAACCCCUCCCAGAGACGCCUGCGGUCCUGGGCCGACGACUGGAGGGCAGUGCUGCGGAGCAAGCGCCAGUAAACCGUCGCCCGCCGAGUCGAUCACGCGGCUGCAAAGACGGGAGUGUUUUCCCAAGCCUAUAGUUUACAUCGAGCAUAAACUGCCUUCCACCUCAGUCACCUAAGCGCAUGCAGUUGUCAUUCUGACGGGAGCAGGGCGACCUAUUUAAUGUUUUAAUUCAGGGAGAACACUACACUUGACCGAACGAGACGUGUUUGUGUGUUUCACGGCACUAAACGAAGCCGGAGCGCUGCAUGCUGUGUGUUUUUGGACACUAGGGGACGCUGGGAGCACGUGUUUUUUUUUAGGUGCUUUUAAAUCGGAGCAGCAUUUCGCUUCGUACUUGAUUAUUAGUUUGGGAUUCUUUUAAUAAACCUUUUUUUUUAAAUCACAUGCGUUUUUGGUUCAUGGCUUUGGCAAGUACGUUAUCUUUUGAUAAACGAACAUUUAUGGUUAUAUUUUUAAGCUGCAUUAACACUUUUUUUUAAUCAAGGGUGCAUUAAAAGCGAUAUUUUUAGUGUUAUUCUGUUUCAUAUAAAUGAUGGCUUCCACAAAAAUAUUGGUUUUCGACACUGAGCAAUUCUGAGCAGUGUAUUAUACAGAUCACGUGACGUUCAAGACCGGAGCAAUGAUGCUGAAAAAUGCAGCUUUGAUCACAGAAAUAAAUUACAUUUUAACAGAUAUUCGCCUGCGAAACAAGCCGCGUUGAAUUGUAAUAAUAUUUCAGCAAUUUAUUUAUAUUUGAUUGCAUAAAUGCGGCCUUGAUGAAACGUAAAAACAAAGAUAUUCUCCUGCAUGUCGUCUGAAACGCUUAAAAAUCUGUGUUUAUCGUCCACUUCUAAGAACAAACAAACUAAAUCUAAUCUUCCAGAUGACAUUAGAGAGCGCGACAAGAAAAAAAGUUCAUUGCAUUUCAUCUCUCGAGCGCUAAAGAUAAUUCAUUUCGUCAGCGCUAGGAGAGAAACGCUCAUUUUAUAAGCUGAUCUAAACUCAUCCGACGGGGUCGGGCGGUCGAAGAAAUCUCUCUUAAACUGAAACAUUCGCGAAUCUAAAAUAAAAUGAACAAUCAGAUCGUCCCUAGUACUUCAUUUAGCCUUUGAAAUGAGCUACACUGAAAAGAUAUGUACCAGAAAAACCAACGUGGCUGAAAAUGCUCUCCGUUUCCUCGUCAGAUGUGUAGAGAUGCGGCAUUGCAUCGUUGCCUCGGCGACGGAUGCUCAGCAGUGAAUGGGUGCCGUCGGAACGAGGGUCCAAACUGACGAUAAAGCGCAUCUCCUCACGUCGAAAUCCUGCCGCGUAUAUAUUUUUAGAGCCGUUUUAGCUCGAUUCUUUUAUCAGCCGUUUGGACUCUCGUUCCGACGGCACCCGUUCACCGCAGAGACAAAUCCAACGAAGAAACAAACUCUCGAGAGCGAGCACAUGCUUCAUUGUGGAGUGAGGCGCUCCUUUAAAAGACGUCCAGGAGCUGAGGGUCUCUUCCUGAAGGCUGGAUUGUUAACAGGAGACGCAGCUUCUGGUGCUUUAUUUCUCUGACUCCGCAGAACAUCGACACGCUGGCUUUUGACCUUCAUAUAGAACUCAUCAAAAAACAUUUUUGCAAUUUUGCAAAAAAAAGUAGAUAUUAAUGCAUUAGCAGACGUGGAGAUGGUGUCUUCGACGUAGCCAUAAAUGCAAAAGUCAUUGCCAAAGCAUUUUGUUUUCGCAGUAUUUCUUUAUUUUUGAUUCAUAUUUUACUGCACAGCAGAGGGACUGCAUUUAGUGACUUGGUUUGCAUGCAUUUUUUUUUUUUUACCUUUAUUUAAUGAUUUUUAACAGUCAUCAUCUCCUCCCGUGACGAAGUGGUUUAUCGUAGAAUUCCAGCGGCGAUGGCGACGAGGCGCUUUUUCCUCAUGGGAACGUUUUAACAAAUCACUCAGAGUUGAAUAAAUGCAUAUUUUUUGGGGUGCUAGCUGUCCUGUGGAAGAUUUAGCCUCGUUCCAGACGCGUUGGUUUCAUUGACAGGUGUGUCAUAACUGUGAAAAGUUAAAUGUACUGCUGUGUGAUCCUGGUGCUCUGCAGUCCUGUGGAUGUCACCGUUUGAUCUGGACGACUAGAUCUAAAUAUAUAAUCACAGACGGUUUAAUAAAGAAACACACCUCAAAGCAA